ACAAAAUACCAUAGUUAAGAGCUAUAUACAAUUAACAUUACCCUUUGCAAUUACCACAGCACACAUCUUGUGAUUCUGAUAAAUCAUGUCAACAAUCAAAGUGCACGGAAGCCCCUUCUCAACAGCAACCAUGCGGGUUACAGCAACUCUUUAUGAAAAACAGCUUGAGUUUGAGUUUGUUUACCUUAACCUCAAGAUUGGUGAACACAAAAAGGAACCCUUCAUAUUACUCAAUCCAUUUGGUCAAGUUCCAGCUUUUGAACACGGAGAUUUAAAGCUCUUCGAAUCAAGGGCCAUAACACAAUAUAUUGAACAAGAGUACGCCGAAAAAGGGACAAAGCUAACAAUCACUGACUCGAAGAAGAAGGCACUAGCCGGAGUAUGGUGGGAAGUGGAGAGCCAACACUACGACCAAGUAGCAACAAAACUUGUUACAGAAUUAGGGAUAAAGCCAUUAUUUGGAAAAGCUACGGAUCCAAAAGUUGUGGAAGAGAAUGAAGGAAAACUGGAUAGUAUUCUUGAUGUAUAUGAGAAGAGAUUGUCAGAGUCAAAAUACUUGGGAGGUGAGUGUUUCACAUUGGUGGAUCUGCAUCAUUUACCUUCUCUUCAUUACUUGAUGAAGUCACAGUGCAAGAACUUGUAUGAAUCAAGGCCUCAUGUCAGUGCUUGGGUGGCUGAUGUUACUGCAAGACCAGCUUGGGCUAAAGUUGUUGCCAUGAUCCCAAAAUAAUCAAUUUCUGGAUAUUUAUUUUCUUGUGUUUGUUUGCUAUUGUCAAUUUUCAAGUGUGCCGUAAGGGCAAUAAUCAGUUUAUGCAAUACAUACAUGAAAAAUGUUUAAAAUCAAAAGGUGGUUUAAGUUAAAAA